GUCAGCUGCACAUAUACAGGAUCUGACGACCGCCUGUCUCUUCUAGCUCUCUUUACCUGUCUGCAAGCGGCUGCAACAGAUGUCUGCCACACCAAGGGAUGCGGUUCCCCCGGUGCGGGAUGCAGAGACCCUCUGCAGCUUCUCUCCAACAUUUUCCAAACCUGUGCAAGAACCUGGAGGCAUCUCCACAGACCCUGCUGGAGACUCGCCUGCGCGGCGAGAGAGGAUGUCAAAGCCGGGCGGCGGACCGCGCGGCCGGCGCCGGAUGAAGGCCAACGACCGGGAGCGCCACCGGAUGCACAACCUGAACUCGGCCCUGGACGCACUGAGGGACAUCCUGCCGGCGCUGCCAGAAGACGCAAAGCUCACCAAGAUCGAAACGCUGCGCUUCGCCCGCAACUACAUCUGGGCGCUGACGGAGACGCUGCGCAUGGCGGACCAUCACCAACAGCACCACGCCGCCGCGUCGGAGCCGAGGAGCCCCGGGAGCGUCUCCUCCUCGGAAUGGGACUCUGCGUCACCCGCAGCGGAGUCCUGGUGCGGGACCGCCGCUCCGGAACCGAGCUGUAAAACCCGUCCAAGAGAGCCGCCCGCUUUUAUUCCCAUUACCAUUUACUUCAGGUCACUCCAUGGAGAAGAUCUCAUCAGAAACUCUUGGUACUAACAGACAUA